AUGAAAUUGAUACAGAACGGCGACAGACAUAUCGAAGCAAUUUGGGAAUCUUUGCCACAAUUUCAAGAUGUUCGUGUUCUUCGGCUUCAUCACGCUGAUGCAGGUCCUCCUGCCUCUGCUGGGCCCGGCGGAGCCUUUUACCUGCCCGGAUUGGCGCCGGUGAACUUCUGCAAAAAGGGCGAGGGCUCCUCCACAUGCAAGUCGGAUGUUGUGCUGUACGUUAACCGGCUAAACACGGAGGAAUCGAUCAUACCCUAUGAGUACCAUCACUUCGACUUCUGUUUGGGCAAGGAGGAAAAUUCUCCGGUGGAGAAUCUGGGCCAGGUUGUGUUUGGCGAGCGUAUUCGUCCGGGACCCUACAAUAUCCAUUUCCUGGAGAAUCAGCCAUGUGCUGUGGCGUGUACCAAGGAGUACAAGGGUGGCGAUGCUAUUUCCAACCGACAUGAUGGUAUUGAAGAAGGCAUUAGCUUGAACUAUCAGCAUCAUUGGAUUGUGGACAAUAUGCCUGACUGGUGCUAUCCUCUGGAAAAUGGCAAACAAUAUUGCGGUACUGGCUUCCCGAUGGGUUGCCUCGUCCGACCCGAUGGCGAUGGAUGCCCAAUAAACUCGAUUUACAACCAGCCCAUGCAUUACUAUCCCUUCAAUCAUGUGGAUCUUGAGAUGACCUACCACAGUGGACAGUCGGAGGAUUGGGGAAUUGGAUUCGGCAACAGUGGACGAAUUAUCUCAGUAAAGGUUACUCCCAAAUCGAUUAAACAUACGGAUCCCAAGAAUCCCAACUGCUUGAGCACUGAGCCGCUGGCCAUUAGCGAGAACUCCCUGAAGCCUGGAGAGCAGCUAAGCAUUAUAUACACGUACAGUGUGAAGUUCGUUAAGAACGACUCAAUCAAAUGGUCCUCCCGUUGGGAUUACAUCUUGGAAUCGAUGCCGCAUACGAAUAUUCAAUGGUUCUCCAUUCUCAACUCGCUGGUGAUUGUACUCUUCUUGAGCGGCAUGGUGGCAAUGAUAAUGCUUCGCACUUUGCACAAGGACAUUGCCCGCUAUAAUCAGAUGGAUAGCGGCGAGGAUGCCCAGGAGGAGUUUGGCUGGAAGCUGGUCCAUGGCGAUGUCUUCCGACCACCCCGCAAGGGCAUGCUGUUGUCUAUUUUCCUGGGAUCCGGUGUCCAGGUGUUGGUGAUGGCCAUGGUCACCUUGGCCUUUGCCUGCUUGGGUUUCCUAUCGCCAGCAAAUCGCGGUGCUUUAAUGACCUGCUCUAUGGUCUUGUUUGUCUCAUUGGGAACACCGGCUGGCUACGUAUCAGCGCGUGUCUACAAGAGUUUCGGUGGACUGAAGUGGAAGAGUAAUGUUAUCCUUACUUCGAUCGUUUGCCCAGGAGUGGUCUUCUCGCUGUUCUUUGUGAUGAAUCUGGUGCUCUGGGGCGAGAAUAGUUCGGGAGCUGUGCCAUUCAGUACAUUGAUCGCUUUGCUGGCCCUGUGGUUUGGUGUCUCGGUACCGCUGACCUUCGUUGGUGCCUACUUUGGAUUCCGCAAACGCGCUCUGGAGCAUCCGGUGCGCACUAAUCAGAUUCCACGACAGAUUCCUGACCAAUCGAUUUACACACAACCUAUUCCCGGCAUCGUCAUGGGCGGUGUUCUGCCCUUCGGCUGCAUUUUCAUUCAGCUAUUCUUUAUCCUAAGCUCGCUGUGGUCAAAUCAGAUGUAUUACAUGUUCGGCUUCUUGUUCCUGGUCUUUCUCAUCCUGAUCAUCACGUGCUCGGAGACAACGAUCCUGCUGUGCUACUUCCACCUAUGUGCGGAGGACUAUCACUGGUGGUGGCGCUCCUUCCUAACGUCCGGCUUCACCGCUGUCUACUUGUUCAUCUACUGUUGCCAUUACUUUGUGACAAAGCUCUCGAUCAAGGACAGCGCCUCGACGUUCCUGUACUUUGGCUACACCGCCAUUAUGGUGUUCCUCUUCUUCUUGCUGACCGGCACCAUCGGAUUCUUUGCGUGCUUCUGGUUCAUUCGCAAGAUCUACAGCGUGGUCAAGGUGGACUAAACGAUAAAAAAGAGGCAACAAGAUGUAGAAGCAGGAGAACGAGCUCUGUGCGAAUGUAUUUUUGUAUGUGUAGCCACAAAUUUACACUUAAGCCUAAUGUGUGUGUGUGAUUUCUGCGCUGUGCGCCUUCAGGCACAGUCAGUUUUCUGUUUAAUAUAAUUACGAAUUGAUAUAUGUGUACAAUAA